AUGAUGAGCUUGCGGGGUCGAGCUGGGGCUCGCCGACCGCUACCGACUAGUGAUGCUUCUGUCAGCCAAGACAGGCGGACGCUGACUGACGGCCAUCAAGUCACUCCCUUUGAGGAGGUCGGAGCCAUCCUAGACGAGUGGAACUUUGGUCUGUUUAAACAUGAGGAGUUGGGAGGAUUGGGAAAUCGGUCUUCGGAAAAGGACUUGCACUUCCUUGUUGACACGCUGAGGUCCGUCCCUGAGAAGACGACAAGCACCCGAAUAGUCGAGUUCUCCUUGCAAAUGUUGGGAUGGAUUCACUGUGCGCUCCGUGCAGACCGGUUCCUCGUCGAGCAUGAAGCUUUCCAAAAUGCGCUACUAGACGGCACGCUUGAGGUUCUUCAGGACCACAAGUGGAUGGCUAUCUACUUUAGUGUUCUGGCAGUGGGCCUUUUCUUCAUGGGCGAGGAGGACACGUUGUCGCUGAAUCUGCCCUCGGUCGAGCAGAGCCCGUAUCCGUUCUCAGUAUGUCAUCAUUGGUAUCAUGCGGCCCUCCAGCAGCUGGAAUAUUCGGACGCCAUGGGCAAACCGCAGCUGCAUGUGGUGCAGGUUGCUGCCAUUCUGACGCUCUGUCAUCCUCACUUUGGGCAAAGAUACCGGGACAUCAACUUAUCGAGUCUUGCUCAGAAUACUGCCCGUGCAUUGCAGAUGCAUCGCCUCGGUUCUGAAUCCUCAUACCCUGAAAGCUUGAAGUGUAUCCCAGCCUGGUCGGAAGUGACGGACAGGGAGCUUGGGCGUCGGCUGUGGUGGACUCUGGUCAUAUGCGAUUGGCUAGCUGGUCCCCGAGUUCCACCUUCUAUUCUGGGUGAUUCCUUUGACUGCGUCCUAUCGAAAGGGCGCUUUGACUACAACGUCAUUCUCGAAGGAUCUCCCUUAUCCGACGGCGUGGAGCAAAGCUUUUCCAAGCUGUCAGCUUGGUCCGAGAUACGUAAUCACGGGAUGCAAGCGGCCCUGGCGAUUGUUCAUAUGGACAAUGUACCGUCUACAUACCAGCUGCUGUGGGUUUUUGGAUCUUCCACGAUCGCCGCUGGGGUAUUUCUUUGCCUGGAUCUUCUUACCUCCCCUGAAGACAAAACAGAAGCCCAGGUGCAGGAUCAGAGAGACUCUGUGAAGGUUUGCAUCCUUACUCUUCAGAAAUACGGUUACAAGACCACCAUUUGCCGAGAGGGUACCCAAACACUUCGGCGACUCUUGGACUUGGAGCUGGCUCAACAAGGUAGGCCUGUCGACCAAGGCGGCUUGACACAGAUAAUCAAGAGCAUGGCUCGUCUACCUGAGCAAGAGUCGCGAGAGCAUACGGUAGAUGGACAUGGUCAGUGGUCGUGGCCAGCUCUAAUGGUGGACCAAGCUGGUAGCCUCGUCGGCGACGAUAUGAAUCCCCUUCCAACAAUUGCAUCGUCUUCUGUUCCGGGAAUGGUCGGUGGAGUUGAUCAGCCAGAUGCGUACUGGCUAAUGGACAACAUCAUUUUUUCGGGAUAUUAG